UCUCUAUCUAUCUCUAUGGGCUACACAACUCGGAAAUUCAUAAUUUUGCUGUUGCGCUGGUCAACGUUACGCUCGAAGCGAAAUUGACAAGCGGCGGCAUAUGUCCAAAGAGUUUCUAUUGGAUAAAUUCAGGCAGACUAGCGAAACAAGAUGACAUCCCCCAAAAAGCAAGGUUUAUUACGGGAGGCAUCUCACCAGAUCAUUGCCGGUGGAUCAGCAGGUCUGGUGGAGAUUCUGUUGAUGCACCCUCUAGAUGUGGUGAAGACCAGGUUUCAGAUCCAGAGAGGCACCAGUGAUCCACACAACUACAAGAGCCUCGCUGACUGCUUUAGAACUGUCUUCCGCAAUGAAGGUAUAUAUGGCUUCUAUAAGGGGAUCCUCCCUCCAAUCAUGGCUGAGACCCCAAAGAGAGCAGUUAAGUUCUUCACCUUCGAACAGUACAAGAAGCUGCUGAGUCUCACCGGUCUGUCCGCUGGUCUAGCUCUGUCAGUAGCAGGUCUAGGGUCAGGUCUGACCGAGGCAUUGGUGGUCAACCCAUUUGAAGUGGUCAAAGUCGGCCUGCAGGCCAACAGAGAUUCUUUCCAAGUGCAGCCCUCCACGUUUGCCCAAGCACGGAACAUCAUCAACGCAGACGGCUUUGGCCUGCGAGGGCUGAAUAAAGGUUUAACGUCAACCCUGGGGCGCCACGGCGUCUUUAACAUGAUCUACUUUGGAUUCUACUUCAACGUCAAGGACGCCAUUCCUGCCAGCCAGGACCCAUCCCUGGAGUUCCUGAGGAAGUUUGCUAUUGGCCUGGCCUCAGGAACCAUCUCUUCCUGUGUCAACAUUCCCUUCGACGUGGCCAAAAGCCGCAUCCAGGCUCCCCAGCCCAUACCGGGAGAGAUCAAGUACCGGACCUGCUUCCAGACCAUGGGCCUGGUCUACCGGGAGGAGGGAUACUUGGCGCUGUACAAAGGACUGAUCCCCAAGAUCAUGAGACUCGGACCAGGUGGAGCUGUGAUGCUGCUGGUGUAUGAAUACGUAUCUGGAUGGUUAAAUAAGAACUGGUGAUGAGAAGAAGCCCACCAGCAUGCCUUAAGGUUCCCACCAGGCAGCCUAUUAGGAUGCCCACCAGGCAGUUUACUGAAGCGCACCAGGCAGCUGCCUUAAGGGGCCUGCUGUCUCAGGCUCCAACAUCCACUGGUCUCCCUAAACCCUGUGACCUCCAAUAGACUGUUCCAGCUAGUGCCCGUCCCAUACAUACAACCAUAGUAUGACCAGAGUACAACCAUAUUAUGACCAGAGUGCAACCAUAGUACAACCAGAAUACAACCAUAAGUCAACCAUAAUACAACCAGAAUACAACCGUAGUAUAACCGGAAUAGAACCAUAACGCAAAACACUGAUCUGUUAUCCAUAUUACAGCCAUACAACGUCCAAGCUCAUCUUCCAUUACACUCAAUAAUAAUCCACCUUGACAAAUCAAGGCCCUGCCUCAUUUAAUACACAAACAUUAUUGGGAACAACUUACACUUAUAAUACAAUAGCCAUGCAUGCCAUUACAUACUGUGUGCAUAGAUGAGCCCUAUAUUGUAUCUCGCUGCUAUACUAAUGUAAACCUAUUUAACAUACAGGGGGUUUAGAGUCCACUACAAACUAUUACACACACACACAGCCACGGUGUUCCAAGCCCAAAUGUCCAGAUUACACACACACACACACACACACACACACACACACACACACACACACACACACACACACACACACACACACACACACACACACACACAGUGCAUUAAUUCAAGAACGGAAUCAAGCACAGGAUGAAGCCUCCUGUAAAAUUCUGCCAAUUUUUGUACACAUUGAAUAGAAAUGACGAAAUCAUCAUAGAAGAGAGACUCGCAUUGAUAUCUUGAAAUAGUUUGUGAUUUUAAUGUAUUUUUUCAUAGAACAUCUUUUUCAAAGCCCCUAUGAAGCUGCCUACUUGUAUGUGACAGAUUAAAACGCAUCAAACUUGAA